AUGGCCCGCGCCGAGGCCUCGGCGUCCGCCGGUACCGGCGCCGACGUCGUCUUCGCCCUCGACUUCGACGGCGUCGUGUGCGACAGCGAGCCCGAGAGCAGCAUCAGCGGCUGGAAGCACGGCGUGGACCUGUGGCCCGAGGUAUUCGGCCCGGCGGACGCCGAGAAGGGUCGCGUGCUCGACGAGCUGAGGCUGGUGCGCCCGGUCGUGGAGACCGGGUUCGAGAACACCCUGCUGGCGCGCGCGCUCCUCGAGAAGAUCCACACCGUCGACGACAUCAUCGCCGACUGGGGCGGGCUCAUGCCGGGCCUCAUGGAGCGGUGGGGCUGCGACCGCGGCGAGAUGGUGGCCGGGUACGGUAAGAUCAGGGACGAUUGGAUGGCUGCUGACCUGGACGGGUGGCUCGCGCCCAACCUCGUGUACCCGGGCGUGGCCGAGGCGUGCAUCGCCGCGGAGGACUCCGCCAACUGCGACGUGUUCAUCGUCACCACCAAGCAGGCCAGGUUCGCCCAGGCCAUCAUGCGACGGAAAGGAAACCUGCGCAUCCCCGACAACCGCGUCUUCUCGCAGACGGUGUCCGGGUUGCCAAAGACGGACGUGCUCGCGGAUCUUCAGGCCAACGCCAGGGACGAUGACGUGCGUCUGGUGUUCGUGGAGGAUAAGCUGAGCACGCUGGAGAAGGUGUGCAAGGUUGGCACGGCACUGGAGCGAUGGGAGCUGUACCUGGUGGACUGGGGGUACAACACGGAGGCGGAACGCGCCAGAGCCGCAGCCAACCCGAGGAUAACAGUCGUGAACGUGGACGAGUUCGUCGGUAUGCUCAACGGCGCCGCCGAGGGGAAGUGA